AUGGAGGCAGAACUCGCACAGCUCAAGGAGCAGGUAAAGGCGUUGACGGCUAGAGUCAACAAAGUCCAAGAUGAAGCAGAAGUCCGCAAAACCCACUUCAAAUACGGCUACUACCUCGACAAAUGCCUCUACGAACAAGUCGUAGACAUGUUCUCCGACCACCCAGACGCCUACGUCGAGUUUCUCGGCUCCCGCUAUCGCGGUAAAGAAGGCAUUCGCCGCCUCUACAUCGGCCGCUUCGCUCGCACGUUCGUCAAUGGCCGCAAUGGCCCUGUCCAUGGAUUCCUGCUCGAUCACCCCAUGCUGCAGGACAUCAUCGAUGUGAAUGAGGACGGGACGCACGCUUGGGGGCGGUUGAGGGCAUUGAUGAGUGCUGGGACGCACGAUAGUAUUAGGGAGACGCAUCCGAGGGGACAUGCGCAGUGGUGGGAGGGUGGACUGUAUGAGAAUGAGUAUAUCAAGGAGGGCGGGGCGUGGAAGUUGUUCAAGUAUCGGUAUUUCCCGUUCUGGCAUGGGGAGUUUGAGAAGGGGUGGAGCCAUACGAAGCAGAACUAUAUACCGUGGCCGAAGGUGACUUAUCCGGAAGAUCCAUACGGCCCCGAUGAGUUGCUCGAGCAGAAGAUGCUGUGGCCGGAUACCAGGGUGGUGCCGUUCCAUUACCCGCAUCCUGUGACGGGGAAACAUGUUGCGGAGGAUGACUUGCGAGCACCGCAUUACGGGAAAGAUGUAAGCACAUCUGAUCCCCCAUUGUCGCUGGCUCCGCCAAAGGACCAGCAGGAGAGGUCGCAAAGUGAUGGCGGUGCAGCGACUAGCACCAGCACCUUACAGAAUGGCACGAAUGGGGACACCAAGGAACUCCGUCAGGAGGUGGAGCAUAUCGAGAUCGCAGCCUGA